UCAUGGGAGGAGAGCCAGUCAGUGUGGGAGGGGAGAGUUACUCAACUCAACGCAACUUAAGAGCGGGAGAACAACAGACUCUCUGUCUUUACUCUCCACACACUCAAGGAAUCUGCCAUGGCUGAGCAAACCUGUUAUGAGGGCAGUGCUGUCCAAAGCUUUCAGUUCUACCUAGAACAUUCAGGAGAACACAAGGCUAUUCUCCAGCAUAUUCCAGACAUCCUGCCUGGAGAAUUUAAAAGAAUUGCAGCUGAUAAGAGCAGCCUGGAUGUUAUGGGUGUUGGGAGUGGUGGAGGGGAGGUCGAUGUCAAGAUACUCACCAUGCUGCAGUCUACAUUGCCUGCUGUCCCGAUCACUGCUGACAUAGUGGAGGGCAGCUCUGAGCUUACAGACAACUUCAGAGCUUUGGUAGCAAAGACCACCAACCUUCAGAAGAUCCCAUUUGUUUGGCACAUCAUGAGCAGUGAGGACUAUGAGAGGCAAGUCAAAGCAAAGGGAGACAUGAAGAGAUUCAACUUCAUACACAUGAUUCAGAUGAUCUACUAUGUGGAUAGCCUCGCUGAUACAAUCAAGUUCUACCACAGCCUCUUGAAGAACAACGGCACGUUAAUGAUCAUCAUUGAAACAGCUGAUGGUGGCUGGGACACCCUGUGGAAGACGUACAAGAAGGAUCUCUGCGUCCACCCCAUCACGGAGUACCGCUCAUCAAGUGAGGUUAUUGCCUGUGUGAAGAGCCAGGGUCUGAAGUAUGAGGAGCACAUCAUUCCCAACAGCUUCGACAUCACUGAGUGCUUCAAUCCAGGCAGCCCGACUGGAGAACGUCUGCUGAAUUACAUGACAGCAAAAGACAACUUUAAUGAGUCCUUCACUCCUGAGACCAGAGCAGGCAUUUUAGACCUUCUCAAGAACAAGUGCAGCACUGAAAAAGAUGGCAGGGUCCUCUUCAACAGUACUAUGAGCUGCAUACUCAUUCAUGCUUGAGAAUGUGUUAUGAUAUAAUUCACACAUUUGGAUUUCUCUUCUUGCAUUCACUUUACUCUGCCAUUUGAUUAAAAGUACACUUUAUUUCUCUGGUGCAGAGAUUAGGUUCGGUCUGUAUGGGGCUUAUAUUCAUCUCAUUUACUCUGAAAAUCGACCAAUGUAAUCAAUAAAAUAAAGCUUUUUGCUGUCCAGAAACAGAACUCCACUCACCUCUGUAUCACCCAUAUGUUUAGGUAUGCAGUUGUUUGCGAACAACUUUACAAAGCAGCAUAAAAAAUCAGUCAGUGUGUAUGACGAGA